AUGCAAAACGUUUGCUCAGCAGAUGGAUACUGGCCAGAAACUCGUGUGAAUACUACAGCUGUAAUUCGGUGUUCAUCGCUUGCGACGAGUUAUGGAGAGUUAACGCGCUUUUGUGGAGUCUACAAUGAUCACCCUCAAUGGUACGACGUCCAAGGAGAGUGUUUCUAUUAUUAUAAGAUGGCGCUAAGUAUUUUUGUGUCUAUUAUCGUGAUUGGCCUUAUAAUCUGCUGUAUUGUAUUCGUACGGAGUUUGAAGCGAAACAAGAAGGAAUCGACUGCUUCCUCUGUAGAAUGA